GUAUCUAAAUGGGUAGAAGCAAUUGCUACACCCACUAAUGAUACUAAGACCGUGCUGAAAUUCUUCCAGAAACACAUCUUCAGCAGGUUUGGUAUUCCCAGAGUACUAAUCAGUGAUGGGGGUACUCAUUUCUGCAAUAAACAGCUGUACUCUGCUAUGGUCCGAUAUGGAAUUAGCCACAAAGUGGCAACCCCAUAUCAUCCACAGACAAAUGGGCAACAGGAUUCAAAACCCAGGCUUAUAAGAUGGGUGUUGCUUCUGCAAGAGUUUGAUAUAGAAAUAAGAGACAGAAAAGGGACAGAGAACCAAGUGGCUGAUCAUCUGUCCCGGAUAGAACCAGUAGCUGGGGCGUCCCUCCCUUCUACUGAGAUCUCUGAGACUUUCCCAGAUGAGCAACUCUUUGCCAUUCAGGAAGCUCCAUGGUUUGCAGAUAUUGCAAAUUAUAAAGCUGUGAGGUUCAUACCCAAAGAGUACAGUUACAUGCAGAGAAAGAAAUUAAUUUCAGAUGCCAAGUACUACCUUUGGGAUGAACCAUAUCUCUUUAAGAGAUGUGCUGACGGAGUGAUCCGCAGGUGUGUACCCAGAGAAGAAUUUGUGCGUAACUGUGACAGUUGCCAAAGAGCUGGUAACCUGCCUCAUGGAUAUGCCAUGCCUCAACAAGGGAUAUUAGAGAUAGAGCUGUUUGAUGUAUGGGGAAUUGACUUCAUGGGGCCAUUCCCACCAUCAUACUCAAACACUUACAUUCUGGUGGCAGUGGACUAUGUAUCUAAGUGGGUAGAAGCAAUUGCUACACCCACUAAUGAUACUAAGACCGUACUGAAAUUCCUCCAGAAGAACAUUUUCAGCAGAUUUGGCGUUCCCAGAGUGCUAAUCAGUGAUGGGGGCACUCAUUUCUGCAAUAAACAACUAUACUCUGCUAUGGUCAGAUAUGGAAUUAGCCACAAAGUGGCAACUCCGUAUCAUCCACAGACAAAUGGGCAAGCAGAGGUCUCUAACAGAGAACUAAAAAGAAUCCUAGAACGGACUGUAAUGGCCCGAAGAAAGGAUUGGGCAAAGAGCUUGGAUGAUGCUCUGUGGGCAUACAGAACAGCAUUCAAGACUCCUAUAGGCACCUCUCCAUACCAAUUGGUGUAUGGGAAGGCCUGCCAUUUGCCUGUGGAACUGGAACAUAAAGCCUACUGGGCAACCAGAUUCCUAAACAUGGAUGCACAGUUAGCUGGUGAAAAAAGACUGCUACAGCUGAAUGAGCUAGAGGAGUUCAGACUCAAUGCCUUUGAAAAUGCAAAAAUUUAUAAGGAAAAGGCAAAGAAAUGGCAUGACAGGAAAUUGUCAACCAGAGUCUUUGAUUUGGAUGGCUAUUCAGGCUACAACCAAAUUGCAGUAGAUCCUCAGGACCAAGAGAAAACAGCAUUUACUUGCCCUUCUGGCGUGUUUGCCUAUAGGAGGAUGCCUUUUGGUCUGUGCAAUGCACCUGCAACCUUUCAGAGGUGCAUGCUCUCUAUCUUCUCAGAUAUGGUAGAGAAAUUUCUGGAAGUCUUCAUGGAUAACUUUUCAGUAUAUGGAGACUCAUUCAGCUCCUGUCUUAACCACCUAUCACUUGUCCUGAAAAGAUGCCAAGAGACUAACCUAGUUUUAAACUGGGAGAAAUGUCACUUUAUGGUGACUGAAGGAAUUGUCCUUGGGCACAAAAUUUCAAGCAGGGGAAUAGAGGUGGAUAAGGCAAAGGUAGAGGUAAUUGAAAAAUUACCACCACCUGCCAAUGUUAAGGCAAUCAGAAGCUUUCUUGGGCAUGCAGGAUUCUACAGAAGGUUUAUUAAGGAUUUUUCGAAAAUUGCUAAACCUCUGAGUAACCUGCUAGCUGCUGACACGCCAUUUGUGUUUGACACACAGUGUUUGCAGGCAUUUGAGACCCUGAAAGCUAAACUGGUCACAGCACCAGUCAUCUCUGCACCAGAUUGGGCAUUACCAUUUGAAUUAAUGUGUGAUGCCAGUGAUCAUGCCAUUGGUGCAGUGUUGGGACAGAGGCAUAACAAACUUCUGCAUGUCAUUUAUUAUGCUAACGGCUACUCAGGUUACAACCAAAUUGCAGUAGAUCCUCAGGACCAAGAGAAAACAGCAUUUACAUGUCCUUCUGGAGUAUUUGCCUACAGAAGGAUGCCUUUUGGUCUGUGCAAUGCACCUGCAACCUUUCAGAGGUGCAUGCUCUCUAUCUUCUCAGAUAUGGUAGAGAAAUUUCUGGAAGUCUUCAUGGAUGACUUUUCAGUAUUUGGAGACUCAUUCAGCUCCUGCCUUAACCAUCUAGCACUUGUUCUGAAAAGAUGCCAAGAGACCAACCUAGUUUUAAACUGGGAAAAAUGUCACUUUAUGGUAACUGAAGGAAUUGUCCUUGGGCAUAAAAUUUCAAACAAAGGAAUAGAGGUGGAUCAAGCUAAAGUUGAAGUAAUUGAAAAAUUACCAGCACCUACCAAUGUUAAGGCAAUCAGAAGCUUUCUGGGGCAUGCAGGAUUCUACAGAAGGUUUAUAAAGGAUUUUUCAAAAAUUGCCAAACCUCUGAGUAAUCUGCUAGCUGCUAACACUCCAUUUAUUUUUGAUAAUGAGUGUCUGCAGGCGUUUGAAACUCUGAAAGCUAAGCUGGUCACAGCACCAGUCAUCUCUGCACCAGACUGGACAUUACCAUUUGAACUAAUGUGUGAUGCCAGUGACCAUGCCAUUGGUGCAGUACUGGGACAAAGGCAUGGUAAGCUUCUGCACGUCAUUUAUUAUGGCAGCCGUAUUCUAAAUGAUGCACAGAAGAACUACACAACCACAGAAAAGGAGUUACUUGCAGUGGUUUAUGCCCUUGACAAGUUCAGAUCUUAUUUAGUAGGAUCAAAAGUGAUUGUGUACACUGACCAUGCUGCUCUUAAAUAUCUACUCACAAAGCAGGAUUCAAAACCC